GCCCUCUGUUGUCGUUGUUUGCUCGAUUGGGACGACGACGAAAGAAAUCUGAUCUGGCAUUCUGGGCAAUUUAUCCCAUAAAAAAACUCAUAAUCAUAUCUUCUCGAAGCCAUAAUGACUACUACAGCUCCCAAACGAACCCAAGAACCUCUCCCCGAGGUAGAGAGUCACUUGAUUCUCAGAGUUCCUCAGCACUGUGCUGAAGAUUUGAAAAGACUGGUCCAAUCUGGCAGUCAGAUGUUAAAGGAUUAUCUGAAAAUUGAAACUCACUCUGAUAUGAGGCACGCUCUUGUUCAUAUCGAUGAUGACACCUUUGCUGCAAAGGUUGUUGAUUUACCAUGUAUGAUAGAAUCUCACAAGACACUUGACAAGAAGACUUUCUGGAAAACAGCUGAUAUUUCUCAGAUGCUAGUGUGUAAUGUUGAAGAUGCCCCUAUUCUCCCAGAUGAAGAGGCUAAACAAGGACUCACCAAGAAACCAGAAAAGGUCGACAAGAAGUUCAUCUGGAAGCAUGGAGUCACUCCACCCCUGAAAAACGUGAGGAAAAGACGGUUUAGGAAAACAGCUAAAAAGAAGUAUAUUGAGGCUCCUGAUGUUGAGGAAGAGGUGAAGCGAUUACUGCGGAUGGACAGUACUGCCAUUAAGAUCAAAUGGGAAGUCCUAGCUGAGGAAGACAUUAAAGAUGAUAAGAAUGAUGAUAGCAUGGGAUCUCCUCCUCAUGGUGACAUUAUCCACGACAUGUUUGGCGGCGACGUCUCCGACACAGACGAUGAGAUGGAAGACGACGAGGAAGACAUGGACGUCAACAUCGAGGACCUGGAGGAUGGGAUCGGAGUGAGCCCUCGUGUAUUGAUGGAAGGGGAGGAUUCCAGGACGGCAUUCUCUGAUGCUGGUAUGGCCGGUGACGACGAGGAAGACAACGAUGGGGAGGACGAUGAGGAUUCCGAUGGAGGACAAGAGGAAAAUGAGCUUGCAAAGAGACUAGUAGAAUUGGAAGGUGAACUCUUGGAACAAGAAAGCAGAAAGAAGACUUUAGAAGAAUCUGUUGCCAGUUUAGACAACCCUAUGCUCAAGCAACGAUUUCAAUCUCAGCUCGAUGAACUGCUAGCAGACAUGAAAAAGAAACAAGAGGAGGUUGAAACCCUACAGUCAAUUGUCGGCAACAGAUGAUCCAUUCACAGCUUCCGUUUGUCAGAGAGAAACAAGUGGAACUGAAUAGAAAGGUCACUUUUCAAAGACACUAUAAGCUACAGAAGACCUAGGAAAGCAUUUCAUGUAAGGAGUCGCUGGACCUUUUGUCUGAGGUGUUGCCAUAGAAACUGAUUCCCAGCCAAUCGAAAUCAAGGAAAGUCAUCAGAUCUGACAAAAUGUCAGGCAGAAGAUAUUGAUUAAAUGCUUUCCUGCCAAAAGCUUCAUUGUAUUACUGUCUGCAAAUGGAGACUAGAUUCAGGUCUGCAAAUUCACAGACUAGAGAAAUAUUAAGAA